GUCGCGCGUGGGCUGAGGCCCUGGGCGGGCACUGCGAAGGUUUGUUUGCUUGAGCUCGGUCCCCACGACGGUGCGGAGUUCCCUCCCUUUAGGGAGGGCGCACCCCCUGCGUGCGGUGAAUGGGACGUCUCGUGGGCUGCUAGGGGUGGGGUGGGGAGCCCCGGGGCUACUGCCAUGAACUCACCCGUGGACCCCGGCGCUAGGCAAGCGCUGAAGAAGAAGCCGCCUGAGCGGACCCCCGAGGACUUAAAUACUAUCUAUUCUUAUCUUCAUGGAAUGGAAAUAUUAUCAAAUCUCAGGGAACAUCAGCUUAGAUUAAUGUCUGCAAGAGCACGCUAUGAGAGAUACAGUGGCAACCAGAUUCUUUUUUGCUCAGAAACUAUUGCCAGAUGUUGGUAUAUCCUGCUUUCUGGAUCUGUACUUGUCAAAGACUCCAUGGUUUUGCCUCCUUGCAGUUUUGGUAAGCAGUUUGGAGGAAAAAGAGGAUGUGAUUGUCUUGUAUUAGAGCCUUCAGAAAUGAUUGUGGUAGAGAAUUCCAAAGAUAACGAAGAUAGUUUUCUACAAAGAGAAAUUCCUGCCAGACAGUCUCGACGAAGGUUUCGGAAAAUAAACUACAGAGGAGAACGCCAAACCAUAACUGAUGAUGUGGAUGUUAACAGCUAUCUUGCUAAACUACCCUUUCCAGCCUGGGAAAUGGCUUUUCUUGUUCGCUGUUAUGCCAAUUGUCUUCAGCCAUGGGCCUCCAAACUUCCAGCUGAUCUUACCAAGAUGCACCUCACAGACAACCCUCAUCCACAGGUGACUCAUGUGUCUUCUAGUCAAUCUGGUUGUAGCAUUGCCAGUGAUUCUGGGAGCAGCAGUUUAUCUGAUAUCUAUCAGGCUACAGAGAGUGAAGUAGGAGAUGUAGAUUUAACACGCCUUCCAGAAGGACCUGUGGAUUCUGAGGAUGAAGAAGAAGAAGAGGAGGAGAUUGAUCGAACAGAUCCGUUGCAGGGGCGAGAUCUUGUUCGAGAAUGUCUUGAAAAAGAACCUGCAGACAAAACAGAUGAUGACAUUGAACAGUUACUUGAAUUUAUGCAUCAGCUUCCUGCUUUUGCAAACAUGACCAUGUCUGUAAGGAGGGAGCUCUGCUCAGUGAUGAUUUUCGAAGUGGUGGAUCAGGCUGGAGCUAUUAUUCUUGAAGAUGGACAAGAGCUUGACUCAUGGUAUGUUAUUUUAAAUGGCACUGUAGAAAUUAAUCAUCCAGAUGGAAAAGUUGAAAAUCUCUUUAUGGGAAAUAGUUUUGGAAUUACUCCCACUCUGGAUAAGCAGUACAUGCGUGGUAUUGUCAGGACUAAAGUAGAUGAUUGUCAGUUUGUCUGCAUAGCCCAGCAGGAUUAUUGGAGAAUUUUAAAUCAUGUGGAAAAAAAUACCCAUAAAGUUGAAGAAGAGGGAGAAAUUGUUAUGGUGCAUGAACAUCGCGAAUUAGACCGGAGUGGAACCAGGAAAGGACACAUAGUAAUCAAGGCAACACCUGAGCGUCUCAUCAUGCAUUUAAUAGAAGAACAUUCCAUUGUGGACCCAACUUAUAUAGAAGAUUUUCUGUUAACUUAUAGGACAUUUCUUGAAAGUCCUUUGGAUGUUGGAAUCAAGCUUUUAGAAUGGUUUAAGAUUGACAGCUUAAGGGAUAAGGUGACACGGAUUGUAUUAUUAUGGGUAAAUAAUCAUUUUAAUGAUUUUGAAGGUGAUCCUGCUAUGACUCAGUUUCUGGAGGAAUUCGAAAAAAACCUGGAAGAUACAAAAAUGAAUGGUCAUCUCAGGUUAUUGAAUAUAGCCUGUGCUGCAAAGGCUAAGUGGAGACAGGUUGUACUACAAAAGGCUUCCCGCGAGUCCCCUUUGAAUUUCAGCCUUAAUGGAGGAAGUGAGAAGGGAUUUGGUAUUUUUGUUGAAGGAGUAGAACCUGGGAGCAAAGCUGCUGAUGCAGGACUGAAACGUGGUGAUCAGAUAAUGGAAGUAAAUGGACAAAAUUUUGAGAAUAUUACAUUUGCAAAGGCCAUUGAAAUUUUGAGGAAUAAUACUCACCUUGCACUAACUGUGAAGACCAACAUUUUUGUGUUCAAGGAGUUGCUUAGUAGGAUUGAACAAGAGAAAUAUGGGGUUCCUCACAUUCCCAAAAUUGCUGAAAAAAAAAGUAAUCGGCAUUCAAUCCAAGAUGUCCCCGGAGAUAUUGAACAGACAUCACAGGAAAAAGGAAAUAAGAAAGUUAAAGCAAAUACCGUUUCAGGUGGAAGAAACAAAAUCAGGAAAAUUUUGGAUAAAACACGAUUUAGUAUCUUGCCUCCAAAACUAUUCAGUGAUGGAGGCCUGAGCCAAUCACAAGAUGACAGCAUUGUGGGAACAAGGCAUUGUAGACACAGCCUGGCUAUAAUGCCUAUUCCUGGAACACUCUCAUCCAGCAGCCCUGAUCUCUUGCAACCUACUACCAGCAUGUUGGACUUUUCCAAUCCUUCAGCUGUUGGUUUUUACUAUAUUCCUGAUCAAGUUAUAAGAGUUUUCAAAGCAGAUCAACAAAGUUGCUACAUUAUCAUCAGUAAAGACACUACAGCUAAAGAAGUAGUUUGUCAUGCUGUUCAUGAAUUUGGUUUGACUGGUGCAUCCGACACAUAUUCUCUUUGUGAAGUUUCUGUUACUCCAGAGGGCGUCAUAAAGCAGAGAAGACUUCCUGACCAGUUCUCCAAAUUAGCUGAUAGAAUUCAACUGAAUGGAAGGUAUUAUUUAAAAAAUAAUAUGGAAACAGAAACAUUAUGUUCAGAUGAAGAUGCUCAAGAACUAGUUAAAGAAAGCCAACUGUCCAUGCUGCAGCUCAGUACCAUUGAGAUGGCCACCCAGUUAUCAAUGAGGGACUUUGAUUUAUUUCGUAAUAUCGAACCUACUGAAUACAUUGAUGACCUUUUUAAGUUGGAUUCCAAAACAGCAAAUACUCACUUGAAAGAGUUUGAGGACAUUGUAAACCAAGAGACAUUCUGGGUUGCCUCAGAGAUUUUAACUGAAUCAAAUCAACUCAAACGAAUGAAAAUUAUUAAGCAUUUUAUUAAAAUUGCACUCCAUUGUCGAGAAUGUAAGAACUUCAAUUCCAUGUUUGCAAUAAUAAGUGGCUUGAACCUGGCACCUGUAGCACGACUCAGAGGUACUUGGGAAAAGUUACCAAGCAAAUAUGAGAAACAUCUCCAAGAUCUACAAGACCUUUUUGAUCCAUCUAGAAACAUGGCAAAAUAUAGAAAUAUUCUUAGUAGUCAAAGUAUGCAGCCUCCAAUUAUUCCACUGUUCCCUGUUGUCAAGAAAGACAUGACAUUUCUACAUGAAGGAAAUGAUUCCAAAGUAGAUGGUUUAGUAAACUUUGAGAAGCUAAGAAUGAUUGCUAAGGAAAUCCGUCAAGUUGUUCGAAUGACUUCUGCUAACAUGGACCCAGCUAUGAUGUUCCGACAGAGGAAGAAGAGGUGGCGGAGUCUGGGGUCACUCAGUCAAGGCAGCACAAAUUCAAACAUGCUAGAUGUUCAGGGAGGUGCUCACAAAAAAAGGGCACGCCGCAGCUCACUGCUUAAUGCCAAGAAGCUAUAUGAGGAUGCCCAAAUGGCAAGGAAAGUGAAGCAGUAUCUCUCUAGUCUGGAUGUAGAGACAGAUGAGGAGAAGUUCCAGAUGAUGUCACUGCAGUGGGAGCCUGCAUAUGGUACCUUGACCAAGAAUUUAAGUGAGAAAAGAUCUGCCAAGUCAUCUGAAAUGUCACCAGUACCUCUGAGGUCAGCUAGCCAAACAGCUAAAGUCCACUUGCAUCAGCCCCACAGAGUAAGCCAGGUACUUCAGGUACCAGCUGUUAAUUUGCACCCCAUCAGGAAGAAGGGACAAACAAGAGACCCUACAUUGAGUUCAAGUUUACCUCAGAAAGUUUUAGGACCAACUGAAGAAAUAAGUGGUAAGAAACAUACAGAAGACACUCUGUCUGUGGUAUCAUCUUUACAUUCUAGUCCUCCUGCAUCUCCCCAAGGUUCCCCACGCAAAGGUUAUGCACUUAUACCAUCAGUUAAAUCGGACAACUUGUCUGACUCCAGUCAUAGUGAGAUCUCUUCACGUUCCAGCAUCGUGAGCAAUUGUUCUGUUGACUCUAUGUCUGCAACUCUACAGGAUGAACGGUGUUCUCAGACUAUGUCAGUCCCUGAGUCCAUUGGGACAUUGGAAAAGACAGAGCACUCCUCAGGGAUAGGAGACCAUACUCAGCUUGGUCCUGGGUGGACACUUUCAAAGCCAUCUCUAAUCAAGGGUUUAGCUGUCUCCACUUCUAUGAGCAGUGAAGAGAUUUCUCAUGAGCAUAUUGUUAUUGAAGCAGCUGAUAGUGGUCGUGGAAGUUGGACUUCCUGUUCAAGCAGCUCCCAUGACAACUUUCAGAGCCUUCCAAACCCAAAAAGCUGGGACUUUCUGAACUCCUACAGGCAUACUCAUUUGGAUGAUCCCAUUGCGGAAGUGGAACCCACUGACUGUGAGCCCUACUCCUGUCCUAAAGGCUGCUCUAGGACUUGUGGCCAGUGUAAGGGAAACCUAGAGACUAAUCAGUUGAGACAGAGUUGGGCCUCCUCCAGUUCUCUGUCUGAUAUAUAUGAACCAAACUAUGGGACAGUUAAACGAAGAGUGUUGGAGAGUACCCCCACUGAGUCGUCUGACAGCUUGGACCCCAAGGAUGCCACUGACCCAGUUUAUAAAACUGUCACUUCAAGCACAGAAAAGGGCUUGAUUGUGUACUGUGUCACUUCACCCAAGAAGGAUGAUAGGUAUAGGGAGCCACCUCCUACUCCUCCAGGAUAUAUGGGAAUUUCUUUAGCGGACCUAAAGGAAGGACCCCACCUGCACCUAAAACCUCCUGAUUAUAGUGUGGCAGUGCAGAGGUCAAAGAUGAUGCAUAACAGCCUCUCUAGACUGCCACCAGCUUCUCUCAGUAGCAGCCCUGUGACCUGUGUUCCAUCGAAGAUUGUAACUCAGUCUCAGAGGCAUAAUUUGGAGCCAUCCCAUCCUAAACUAGCAGAUGUGACUGAUGCAGAUAGCGAAGCAGAUGAAAAUGAACAGGUGUCAGCAGUCUAACCAUUGGAUGACCCUUUUGAAGACCACCAAAAGUCUUAGAGAAGUCAACAGAACCCCUGAUGAUUCCGCAGGCCAUUGCCAACCAAUAGCUUGCUGCUACUACUAACCCAGAGGUUUCAUUGUACUCUGAGCAAUGAGAUAGACCUAUGUAAUACUUGCUUUCAUUUAAUUCCUGAAGAUGCAGUUUCCUCAGCUAUCGAUGCUGUGCCUGGAUACCAUUCUGCACUUUGCACACCAUACCUGCCUUGGGACCGACCACAUUACAGAACCAAUCCAAACUGAGUCAUCCCCAUGUAUAUCACUGUAGGUUUUCCUUUUUAACAAGUUAUUUUAAAGGUAGUGGUAUUAUUAUUUCCAAGCUAUAGCUUGGACUAAAAGGACAAAUUCAAAAUGUCUGCCAAUAUCAAAGUUACUCUUGUAUAUUUAAAAAGUAAUUUAUUAUUUAAAGUGUUGUGGUUUUGUUUGUAUGUGGGAGCCCUUGUUAGCUGAUGUUUGUUCGAGGCCAUAAAACUGUCUCUGAUCUGGCUGAACAGAAGUCAUCUUGUAAAGAUGAUGUGCUUGAUCUAUACAGAAAUGUAACUUGAUCUGAGCACCAAUGCAGUGGGGUGGGGGAAUCUCAGUUUGAGUAAGCUAAGAAGCUCUUUGCAGUGGAAGUGUUAGGAACCUUCUAGAUCAUAAUAUGAAAUGAAGCUGCCACAGGGUUUCUUGUAGGACCUUUGGGGAAGGGGAGGGGAGGUAAAAUAAUAGGUAGAACCCUAAUUUCCAAAGAAUGAAUGUCAAAUGACAUAUAUAAAAUUCUUUCUGAAGGGGAAGUCAUGCUGCAUCUAAUUAUAAACUAAAAGUAUAAACCCAAUAGAGAAUGAGUUCCAGAGAAUUCUACUCUAUGGAAACCCUAAACUAAAAAUUCUGACAAUUCAAGUAUGGAGUUCAGUUUUUAAAAGAAGUAUAAUCAUUGGUGUUGUAAUCAAGAAGAUGAAUUUGAUCUUAUGCAUUGUCCUGCAACAUACUACCCCCACAUAUCUCAGCACAGGGUUGCAUCCAUCUUGAUAAAAACAUGCAGCUCUGAGCCCUCUCAGUAAAGCUCAGUAGCCCAUCAAGGUAGAUAACAGGUUGAAAACUCUGUGGGAGAAAGAGUUGAAUGAUUGUCUCCGAGUUCUCAUUUUAGCCCUUGAUGGAACAUACCUUUCUGUCCUCUUGGGCAUAGCAUUCUUAAUUUAAGUAUUUAAUUAAAAUUUCAGUGACUGUUUACUAGAUGAAGUUAGUAAAAUUAACGUUUUCUAUAUAUAUCGAGUUUAAAUUUUUUUCAUUUGUUUUUUAAUGUAAAGGCAAGUGAGAUUUUCACAAAUUUCUGUGAUAACAAAAAAAAAAAAAAAAGGAGGAAAAAAAAUAGAACAAAACAAGCCAAAGCCAUUAAGGUGCACUAUCCAGAUCAACUUGGAGCCUAAAUGGGUUUACUUCAGAAUGAUUCUCCAUAUGUGACCAUACAGGAUUUAGUUUGUGACUUCUUUUUUAGGAAUCUGUAUUUUUUCCCCCUGGCUUUCUCCUCUCUCUUCCUGUCCCCUUUCUUUUAAAAUCAUAAAUGAAUUCCAGGUCAUAAAUGGUAGUAAUUCAUAUUUUUCCCAUCAAAAUGAUUAUCUCUCUGGAGAAAAAAACAUUAAUCUGAAACUUGAGUCUUAGAGAUUAACCCCAGUAUUUUAAAAUAAAGCUAGGUGACUCCAUAGUUUUCUUGGUCCUUUGAAGAGAAAAGUGAAUCAAAAAGACUGAUUUGAAAGUCAUACUCUAGUGAUUUGGUCUAUAAAUAGUGGUUCUCUGAUUAUAAGUUUUUUAUUUUCUGAUUUGCAUAAUGUUUUUGUGUCCUCAGCAAAAAAAAAAAAAAAAAAAAAUUUCUAUAACCACCUUUUUAU